GAUAAAAUAUGGCUGGAGGAUUAGAAAGAGUAUAUGGAACCGAAGAAGACAAGGUUAUCAAUUAUAUCUUAAGACAUAGGUUAAUUGCUCGUUCUACAUCAAAAUUGGCGCUUGUCGUUAUGAGAAUAAAUGCUAAAGAAUCCACAGCAUACCUCCCAUAUCUUAAACCAUAUUAUUCAAAGUAACCUUUAUCUAUCAUAAUUUUAGCACAUGUACUAAAAUUCUCCCAUCGAAGUGGCCAUUGCUUCCGGUAAUGCAGUCUCAUAGGCAGGGAUUGAAGAAGCAUUAGAAAAAUUUGAAAACUUUUAUGAAGAUGUGUUUUUAAAGGUAUUAUGUGUGUUUAUUAAUGUAUAAAAGUUGGCUGAAUUUGGAGAGAUUGAAGAUCUAAUCGUAUGCGAAAACAUUGGCGAUCAUUUAGUUGGAAAUGUUUAUGUGAAAUAUACAUCGGAAUAUUAUGCAGAAGGCUGUUUUAAUGCAUUGCAAAACUUAUCCUAUGAAAAUAAACCAUUAUAGAUGGAAUACUCACCUGUACUUGAUUUCAGCAGUGCUAAAUGCAAAUAAUAUAUUGAUGGCACAUGUCAAAGGUAUAUAAAUUUGCAUAUUUAUUCAGAGGAGGAGCAUGCAAUUACUUACAUCUCAAGAAGAUUGCUACUAAAUUCAAGAAAAGUUUAUUCAAUUAAAUGUAUGAAGAGCAUCCUGAUUACAGGGAAAAAAAAGAAAAAGAAAAUAUAGAGUAUAAUUUAUUUUGAUUAUUGUUUAGAAAAAGUCCCAAGAAACAUAAAAAGAAGGAAAAGAAAUCUAAAAAGAAGAAGAGUAGCAGCAGUAGGGAAUCCAGCAGAAGAAAUUCAAUUGAAAGAUAAAAAAUGAUUAAUGAUUGGAAUGAAACUGGAAUAUAAAAUGUAAGAUAUUUGUUUUUGAGUAUUAUUAAUUAGGUUUCUUAAGCAUAAAAAAUGAUGUAUGGAAAUAAUAUGCCUGCUCCUGUUUAUACUCCUAAAGUAUCUAUGCGAACAAGUCCAGAGUUAUUACAACUUUAACUACAAUUAGCAGCAUUAAAAGAGCAAUUAGCUGCUAUUAAAAUGAGCUGA